AUGGUUGAAUCAAUAAUAUCUCCAUCGAUUUUAGCUUCAGAUUUUGCAAAUUUAGGAUGUAGUUGUAAAAGAGUAGUUGAAACUGGAGAUGUAAAAUGGUUACAUUUAGAUGUAAUGGAUGGUCAUUUUGUUCCAAAUAUUUCAUUUGGUGCACCAAUAAUUGAAAGUUUAAGAAAAGAAUUUCCCAAAGAUGAUGAAAAACCAAUUGUAUUUGAUUGUCAUAUGAUGGUUUCAGAUCCAGAAGAAUGGAUAGAAGAUAUAGCAAAAGCUGGUGGAGAUUCUUAUACAUUUCAUUAUGAAGCAACAAAAGAUCCAAAUUCAGUUAUUGCAAAAAUUAAAAAACAUGGUUUAAAAGCAGCUAUGGGUAUAAAACCAAAAACUCCAAUUGAAGAAGUAUAUCCAUAUGCAAAAGAUUUAGAUAUGGUUUUAAUAAUGACUGUAGAACCAGGAUUUGGAGGUCAAAAAUUUAUGAAAGAUAUGAUGCCAAAAGUUGAAAAAUUAAGAGAAAAAUAUCCACAUUUAAAUAUUCAAGUAGAUGGUGGAUUAGGAAAAGAUACUGUUGAACCAGCUGCUAUAGCAGGUGCAAAUGUUAUAGUUGCAGGUACAUCUGUUUUUAAAGCAAAAGAUCCAAAAGAAGUUACAGAAUUUUUAAAAAAAACAGUUGAUGAAAGUAUAUUGGCUAGAUCUAAAUAA